AUGCCAUCAAUGUGUACAACAAUCGUUGUAGGUUUAUUGCAAAUGGUGCUUCCUUUGAUAAAUGUCCAUGGAUACCCUACCGGUGCCCCGACUUCGGCGUGCGAGACUAUGAUACCAGGUCAUGUGCGUACGUCAGCACAAACCAUUCCUGCUCCCUACAGCAUACAUUUGUCGUCAUCGAUGUACAGCUUCGAUGAACCAUUGAUAGUGACUAUUACAGGAGAGCUUUAUAAAGGUAUAUUACUACAAGCACGACCAGUCCAGCAAACAACUCCUUACGGGACCUUUCUGACGCCACCUAGAGGAUUACACAGCAUCAAUUGCACUAACCCAUUAGACAGUUUGACUCACUCGAUGAGUAUUUUUAAAAAGAAUACUUCAUUUACAUGGACUCCUUCCAGUAAUGAUGUGGGGGAUAUUGAAUUCGUAGCCACCAUUGCUCAGAACCAUAAUGUCUACUGGAUUGGUGUGAAAUCUACCGUUGUUGGUAAUGCUGAUUCAUACACGCCUCGCGUUACAGUGACUAAAGCAACAACUGAGGAAACCACAGCAAAAGUUGCAACAACAACUUAUGACGUCACAAGUAACGUUAUUUCAACCAUGGUACUCGUUACUACAGCUGCAGCAACAACUUAUGACUUCGCAAGUCCAACCACGGUUCCCGUUACUUCACCCGCGGAAACAACACAUGACAUCACAAGUAGCGCUAGUCCAACCACGGCUCUCGUUACUACAGCUGCGAAAACAACAUAUGACAUCACAAGUAGCGCUAAUCCAACCACGGCUCUCGUUACAACAGCUGCGAAAACAACAUAUGACAUCACAAGUAGCGCUAAUCCAACCACGGCUCUCAUUACUACAGCUGCGGAAACAACAUAUGACAUCACAAGUAACGUUAUUCCAACCACGGAUGUCGUUACCACAGCUGUAGAAACAACCUAUGAUGCCACGAGUAGCGAUGGUCGAACCACGGCGUUCUUAACAACAGAAAUAACAACUUAUGACGCCCAAUAUAGGGCCAAUAAAACCACGGCGUCCUAUACAACUUAUGGCGCAUCAAGUAGCGCUGUAAAAACAUCUGACGUCACGCCUACAUACAUCGCAGUAACGUUAGACCCCAGCACAACGAAUGAUCAAAAUGACGGUGAGUGA